UAGAAUUUUUUUUUUUUCAAUUAUGCAGUAUAUGUCACAGUUCUUAUGUAUAAUACUAGGCAUAUUAAAGGGAUAGUUCGCCCAAAAAUGAAAAUUCUGUCAUUAAUUACUCACCCUAAUGUCAUUCCAAACCCAUAAGACCUUCGUUCAUCUUCAGAACACCAAUUAAGAUUUCCCAAUAAAACAACAGUGGAACUGGUAUCUCAUGACCUUUGGGGACAAUACUGCCGUGCAAAGGCAAAAGACCUUAACUUCAAUUUUGGUCAAAAUGAGUUAUUGCCUUUUUUGGAACAAUGGACAUCAGUUUUAUCAUGUGGAAAAAUAUCUUAAGUCAAUUUUGUUAUUUUCUGCUGAAAAUAGGAUGCUGUUUUUGCCAUAACUUCCAAAAGCAGAGGGAAAGCAAAGGCAGAAACCCUUAACAUCAGUUACAGUCUUUUAGCUUUGUUCCGCUGCACUCUAGAACGCUGGAAUUCAGUUACGCUGGAGUUAAGGCACUCUGCCUUUGUUUUACCAACGUUAAGAUUUUUGCCGCGCUGAAGUUACGGUGUUAUGCACAAAUGUAUUGAAGCACUUUUGACACACCCAUUAACUUAAAUAAAGUGAAAAUAAAAUUGUUGCAGUGGUUGUUUUUUAUCUAGCAUAAAGAAUGGCCUAUUCUCGUGGGAAAAUGAUGUUGGACAUGGCUUUGAAACGCAAACACGAAGAUCAAGGUAAGGAUAUAUGGAUACAUUACGUUUUUUUUUUUAGAUAAAAUCUACUUCAGAUUUUGUGCAAUUCAGCUAGGAUACUGGUAGCCUAGUUAGCUAGCUAGCGAUGCAAACUUGGGCUAAGAUAGGCUACUUGACACAAACUGUUCCUAAUCCACAAAUAGACUACAUGAUAUGGUGUGCCAGUUGUAAAACACAAUAAAUCAAAGCCUGGAUACUAUCCAGCCAAUCUGACAGAAAACAGCGCGAGUGGGUUGGGGACGCCUCACGACACACCUCCCCUGGCGAGGAGAAAACAUUACACACAGACCAACCCAGCAGAUAUAACUUAGAUCGCAGCUUACCUUUUUUUAUUAAACAUGGUCAAAAUCCAUUGAAAACAACAUCCACUGAGAAGACAAAUCCAUUGUUUAAAUCCAUCAUACGCCGGCGGGCUAGCCUAAUCUAGGUUCCGGCUUCGCUACUGUUCGGACGCUCCUGCUUAUUGCUCUGCGCUUCGCUCCCUAUUUAUGCACUUUUCUCAGAUUUCUCUAAGAUUUUAACUUCAGCAUAUCAGCACAGUGCUCAAACAACACAGUUUUUAGAAAAGGAAGACUCUUUGCCUCCCGCUGCCAGCAGUUGACAUUCCGGAGACGGGAAAACACAGCUGUCUACAUUCAAACAGACGGGAAAGAAAAUGCCCCCUGCUAUAUCAACGAAGAAUUGUUCUCUUAAUAUCUUGUGUAUUUUCUCAUGUUUUAGAUGUCCUGUCCAAUUAAAUAACGUGGCCCUGCAGCCAGCAAGGAAAGAAGGGGAAAAGGAUGUAAUGUUUACACACCAGUCCAAAUGGUCUUGUUUGACUUCGUUAGAUUAUCCCUACAACCCCACCAUAACCGCAACAAUACAAGACCAGACCGUCACCCAGGUUCUUCAAAUGGACAUGGAAUACCAGAGAGUCAAUAUCACAGCCAAAUGCAUUCAAUUGGAAAGUGAAGGCCAUAACAUUCUACAAGAUGGCACUUUUCUUGAGAAAACAACAUACACUAUAGCAGAUACCACUGGGGUGGUUGAACUCACAGUUUGGGGACCACAGCACAACAUGAAUAUUGACUCCUGGUUCUACAUGACCAACCUAUCACGCGUCUUCCAAGGUAAAAAGUUCCUGUCAACGACCAAAGACAUCACGUUUUCAACAAUAGCCUGCACAGACACCACACAUCCCAUUGAGGUGACAACAUCUGAACACAUCACAGCCAACAUUAUAGGUGCAAAAGUCAAUAUAACUUACAUCUGUCCGUUAAAGCAUCAAAUCAAAGACAUGGCAUUGUCAUGCAGCAGAGUCCUCUGUAACAACUGUGACAUCUUUUACAAGUCUGAUGUGAUUAUUCUACAUACACAUGCAAAGCUGACAAUACAAACAACUGACAACAUUAAAACACUCAACAUCGAAAAUAAAGUCAUAAGAUCAGUGGUGCAAAUUUCAAAAACCGCCACUACAGACACCAUAAUGGACUCCCUUCUAGACCUCCCAAGAAUGCAGAUCACCAUACAUAACAACUCCAUCACCCACCUUGCAUAUCCGGAACCAUCACAUCCAGAAACAACCCCACUCAUUACCUUCUCACCACUUGCACAAUCCACUUCUCUUUCAACAAGUGGUGAUUCUGAGGAAUUGGACCUUUUUAUGGCUGAUGGUCCUACAGACAUUCAGCCAAAAUCAGACACCCCAUCCGCCUAAUCUCCCACCUCUGUCAUUUCAGAAACCCCAAAUAAAUAACUUCUUUUUUUUUUCUCUCUAUUGUAAGAGCUAUAGGUUACCAUUUUUCAUCUGGAAAUGAUCUUGUUUACUUGAACUUCAGCCCAGCAAUUGUUUUUAUUUUUUGGUGAGUAGCUGUUUCCUGUGUAAACUUGCAACUUAUAAAAUAAUUCUGUAACAUUGCUCAACAUGUAAGAUGUUGUAUGUGUUUUCAGUUUGUCUUUAUUGCUAUGGGGCUUUUUUUCUGACCUUUCUGAAUGUUGUAAAUAAACAAUUUAAAGAAAUGCAAUGCUUCUCUCAUUUCUAUUGAAGUGCUGUCAAAAAUGGUUAUAGGUCUUUAUUAUAAGAUUAAAAGUUUAAAUUGAUCAAAUUGCAUAAAUUGUGGCAAGAUUGUGUGCGUUUUCCUUAACUUUUCAACAGUUAGUUCAUAACUGUCUAUUGACUCAUACCAGAACCACUGUUUUUGAAGUCACAAGUACUUGCAAUAUAUCCAAAAGUUUAACACCUCAGCACAAGAUGAGGUUGAGAUCAACAGCAUGUCCUGAAAGGCCCUGAGAACACUGCAUACAAUGCCACCUGUUUUAAACCUCAUUUUUGCAAACAACUUAAUUUUGAAGACUUCUCAAUUUGGGUUUCUCACUCUACAUUUCAUGCUUGUCAAUUUUAUGUAAUUUUCAGUUUGCAUAAAAUUGUUUGUCCAAUAUUUAAGUGAACAAAAGUUUAUUUUACUUUCCCUGCAAAUUGCUCAAACUGAUAAGAGUUUUGGAGCUGAGCUGCACAGAAAUGAACAAAACUGUUUUUGAUAUUUGCUUUCAUUCCUGAAAAAUACCUCUUGGAAGUUCAGCAUGCCUGUUUAAUGUGACUUUUCAACUAUCACGUUAACCAUAAGCGGAGUUACCACUAACUUUGUAUGUUACUCUGGUUAACAUGAAAAGUAACUUUGUGAGCUCAUUCUCACGAUUCUAUAUAAUUGGGUGUAAAAUUGUGCUGUUUUGAUUAGUUUCUUAUCCAUAUCAGCAUAGUAUAUUGUAGCAUUGUAAAUCAUUCAUUUUCACCCCUAAACUUCUCUUCUGGAGCUUAAUGAACAUAUGUCAACUGAGUGGUUUUUUCAACAGACAUUCAGUUUCCGCUC